AUGCCUAGCUUUGGCCGUUCUCGAAUAUCCGCAUCGGCCCAUACGGAUUCAUCAACAGGUUCCAUCUCGUCAUUCACAUCUUCUCCGGAGCAUCAGCAUGCAGCUCACUCCGACUCGGUCAAAUCGAGAUCUGCCCACCGAGAGCCGCUUUCCUCGCUCGCUCACAAUCUAAUCAUCAACCAACAUAGUCCGACGGCGACUCGACCUGUCGUGAAGCUCCACCACUCAAACCACGCAGAAGACUCUCUUUCGUGUUUGAAGCCCCUGCCAUCCGUCCCAAAAGACGUCGACGCUGACGACGGACUCGAAGAAGACGGAACCGAGCUGGUGCACCGGCCUCGCGCUUCGCUCCACGAUCAAAUCGACUCGGACAUCUCUAGUGCUUCCGCCAGCAGUGCCGCCAGCAGCACCGCUUCUUCCUCCAUGGAGACCAACUGGCAGGAAACCUCGCUCCGUCAUCAGGUCGCCAGACUGGAUAUUCAGUACACCGAUGUCGAUCUUUCGCAGACUCAGCCGCCAAGCGUCUUUGGUCUCCGCCGACGAAUCGUCGCUGCUGCGCUUGACCAUGCCGUACGGCAGCGUCACGACGGUGAUCCCGAAAGAGCCUCGGGCAGCUCGAGCCAAUUUCAAGACCAAGGCAUGUCGGAGUGGCUCGCGCUUCCGCAACCAACAAGUCCAUGGAAAGACCGAAUUCUCCGCAAAAAGAAAUCUUUUGGCAAGAAGCAAGCCAAAGCAGCUUCUGCUAGCCAAGCCUCGUCCCACGGCCCAAUGCCCGACUCCGCUGCUUCCUCUAUAUCAGACUCUCCAGGCCGCAACAGAUUCAGCUCGACGACUGGCCUGUCCUCUUCGCACGAUACGAUGCUCAGACGUGACAAGGAGCUGACCGAACGCGAAGUCGAAUUCGACCUAGUUGUCUUGAGUCGCUUUGAAACAGCAGAGCUCAAGAUGACCGUCUACACCGAACAUCGUCAGGGAAGCUGGGUGGUCAAGGGUCCCGCACCGCCCGCAUCAAAAGUGUUGGACGAGCCACCUCUCAUCUUCAGCCCUUGGGAUUGCCAGAUCGACAGUCGAGCCAUCGUCGAGCGCAAAAAGCUGCGGUCCUACGUCGAGCUCAGCGACACGACCUGCGCAGUUCGCUGCACCACCUGUAGUAGCGCCCACCACCAACGACUCGGAAAAGCACCGGAGACGUUCCGCAUCCAAAGCGGAAACACGAUCGCAUGCAAACACUGCCAAGGAAGCAAUGCAGUACAGGCAACCUAUGUCGUCUGCGUGACGCUCCGCCAAUCGACGUUUCUCCCUCUCACCAUGCCUGCACGUCACCAGGCGGGAAAGCCGCAGAAUGCUUUUCGGGCCUACCUGCCCAAAACGACGUCGGCCAUGUCCCACGUCGACCUUCUCCGUAUGCGGUCCAUGGAAGCUAUCCGCUCGUGCGCACUUCGGGUAGGUCGUGCGCAUCACAGAGAACACGAUGCUCGACUGCUCAUGGCCAAAGCUGUACUCGAGAGACGCAGCUGCAGCAGCGUUGCUGUCAUCAACCGCCUCAACGGCGUGUUUCGAACAUUUGAUGUGACUGAUGGCGGCUGCAUUCGCGGCGGAUCGGGCUUGAUCGAGGAAUCGAGUCGCAUCGUUGAAAUGCCCGAGCUGGCUAAUGCGCUUUCCCGUCUUCCCGUUACCGCUGUUGUACGUCCAGAGGCAACGUACAGAUUCGUCGACUUGGAAUGGGUCGACAUGGCUAGUUCGAGGGACGUCUCUUUGGAGAAGAGGCGAUCGCCGAGCAUGUAUACGAUGGAAAGCAGCGGCGACGAGUCGUACUCUCCAUCUGCUUUUUCAUCCUUCCAACGGGCGCAGGAUGUCGGUCGACACGGAGGCAACACUUCGCGCGAUUCGCACACCCUGCGUGGCGCACUUCCCGCGCCGUCAACAGCGGGCGACAUGUCCGACAGUCGGAGACACGCCUCGAACACGGCUGCCUCGCAAGCCAACGCAUCAGCAACGUCUUCAUCAGCGUCUUCGCUUCGUUCGUUCGCAUCUGCCCAACAGCGAGUCAGCACCACUUCUGACGCAAGCCGUGCCGGCAUGCCCAACAAAUCGAUGGCUCGAACCGUUUCAACCGGCUCUGCUUCCACACUGUUGUCGGGCGGCAGCAGCGUUUCGGCUCGAACGGCGCAAAGCUGGCAAACGACCGCUGGCAGGCAGCUGCAGUAG